GAAGGUUGAGAAGUCGGAGAUACGCAUAACGCAUACACACAAAACAGAAAGAUAGGACAACUUUUCCAAUUUUCGUCCUGCACUGCGUUGCUUCAUUCAGCUCAUCGAUCGGAGGUGUUCCCGUGGUCGGAUUUUGCUGAAAUUUGGACAGCUUGUUUGCGACUUCAAUGGCUUAAUUUUGAACGGUCGGAUUGUUCAGUUGAGCUCUGAUUUGGUCAGAAACACUGCACGAACAGACCUGCAGUUUUGGGUGAUUUCUACACCUUAUUGUGCUAUUUUGAUCUCUUAUUGUUAUUGGUGAUUGUUGGUGGGAUGUGAAUCCUUUGUAGACUGAUUUGGGGUUCUUUUACCCUCAUUUAUCAAUAAGAGAAUUAAGGGUGACUCCUCAAGAGGUCCCGUGGUUUUUUAUCCUUCAUGUUGAAGGGUUUUCCACGUAAAAAUCAUGUGUGCUCCGUGUGAUUUAUUUCCGCUCUUUGUAUUGCUUUAUAUUCUGCAAUAGUGCUGGUUUUGUGUGGUAGUUUGGUUGUGUAUUAGUUGGGUUGCUUAUUUAGUUGAUUGUCCUGAGGUUGUGACUUUGUGGGUGUCAUAGAGACCUUUAUUUGAUCCCUACAACUUGGUAUCAGAGCCUGGGUUUAAUCUGUCACAUUAUGGAGUCGGGUAAUAGUAACUCGAUGGUAAAAUUGACAUCAACUAAUUAUUCUAUUUGGAGACUUAUGAUGGAAGACAUGUUAUAUUGCAAGGACUUGUAUGAUCCAAUUGAAUCUGUCACCAAUGUUGAUGGUAUUGUUUCUAAACUAUCCAAACCAGAGAAAAUGGAAGAUAGAGAAUGGCUAAAGUUGAAAAGAAAGGCUUUAGGGACUAUUAGACAAUGGGUUGAUAUAAGCAUUUUCAACCAUGUGUCACAAGAGGCUGACCCAUCCAUAUGAUUUGUGGAAGAAGUUGGAAGGUCUUUAUGAACGGAAGACCGCUCAUAAUAAAGCUUCUUUGAUCAAGAAACUUGUUAAUUUGAAACUGAAAAGUGGGAAGUCUGUUACUGAGCAUCUUAGUGACUUUCAGGAUAUUAUUAACAAGUUUACUAUGAAAAUUUGUCUUGAUGAUGAGUUGCAGGCUUUAUUUAUCUUGAGCUCUUUGCCAGACAGUUGGGAAACCUUGGUUGUGACUAUUAGUAACUCUACUCCGGAUGGUGUGCUAUCUUUAGAUGUCAUCAAAGAAAGCAUGUUUAAUGAGGAAAUCAUAAGAAAGGAGAUGAGAGUUGAUAAUACACAUGCUCUUGUUGUUGAAAACAGAGAAAGAAGCAAGAGUAGGGGUCCCAAAGGUCACAAUAACUCAAGAAGCAGGUCCAAGCCCAGUGAUGGGAAGAAUGUCAAUACAUGCCAUUAUUGCAAGAAGCCUGGUCAUAUCAAGAAAUACUGCUUCCGUAUGAAAAGGGAACAAAGGAAGAAGAAUGACUCGCAUAAAGAAGGUGAUGACAAAAACACUGCAGCAAUAACUUCUAAGAGUGGUGAUGAUGUUACUUUGAUAUGUGCAGCUAGUGAGUGUCAUCAUGUUGAUAGUUCAAACUCUGAGUGGCUUGUAGAUACAUGUGCUUCAUAUCAUUGUGUUCCCAGAAGAGACUACUUCAUGACCUACCAAGCUGGUGAUUUUGUUAGUGUUAAGAUGGGUAACCAAAGUUCAGCAAGUAUUGUUGGAUUAGGUGAUAUUCGUGUGAAGACCAGUGUUGGAUGCAUACUUACAUUGAAAGGUGUGCGCCAUAUUCCUGAUCUACGCCUUAAUUUGCUAUGUGUUAAUGUUUUUUAUCAAGAAGGUUUCAGACAUACCUUUGAAGAUGGCAAGUGGAAAUUGUCUAAGGGGUCUAUGACAGUUGCACGAGGCGAGUUGUGUUGUUCUUUGUACAAGACAUAUUUGACUAUAUGUUCUGGUGAACUCAAUGUUGUAGAAGAGAAGAGUUCUCCUAAUUUAUGGCAUCGAAGAUUGGGACACAUGAGUGAUAAGGGGUUGAAAUGUCUUGCAGGUAAAUCUCUUAUUCCCAUUGAUACUACAGUUGCUCUUGACCCUUGUGAUCAUUGUUUGACAGGUAAGCAGCAUAGAGCUUCUUUUGCCAGGAAGUCUACUAAGAGGCAAGCUACGCCAUAACUUGUACACUUCGAUGUUUGUGGUCCCAUUGAGGUAGAGUCUAAUGGUGGCAGCAAAUACUUUGUCACUUUCAUUGAUGAUGCUACCAUAAAAACUUGGGUUUACAUGUUGAAGACCAAGAGCCAAGUGUUUGAGACAUUUCAGAAAUUUCAUGCUAUGGUGGAAAGGGAGACGGAAAGAAAAUUAAAGAGCCUUCGUUUUGACAAUGGCGGUGAGUAUACUUCACAUGAGAUCAACAAUUAUUGUUCACAACAUGGCAUUCAACAUGUGAAGACAGUUCCUGGCACUCCACAACAUAAUGGUGUUGCAGAGAGGAUGAACAGAACCAUUGUGGAGAAAGUGAGGUGUAUGUUGAAGAUGUCUGAUCUACCUAAGUCAUUUUGGGCAGAGGCAGUGAACACUGCGGUUUACUUGAUUAACCGUUCUCCAUCUAUUCCUUUGGGUCUUGACAUUCCAGAGAGAGCUUGGAAGGGAUGUGAUCCCACAUAUUCACAUCUUAGAGUUUUUGGGUGCAUGGCUUAUAUGCAUGUGCCGAAAGAUCAAAGGUUGAAGCUUGAUUCCAAGACUACUCCAUGUGUGUUUGUUGGCUAUGGUGAUGAAGAGUACGGGUUUAGGCUCUAUGAUUGAAAUUCAUGUAAUUUCCAUGUUUAUAUUUGUGUUUUUAAUUAGUUUAGAGUGAUUGUUACUUUGGAAAUUACACACUUUUGGUGUAAUAGUUUAGUUUGUAAAAUAUUUGUAAUAUGUUUAGAUUAGGUAUAUUCUGAGCUCAACCAGGUCCAAGAACACUUUGGGGACCAUUGGUGAACAUCACAAGUGGAAGGAAGGUGCAAAAAUGCAAGACAAAAAGUGAAGAUCUCGUUUUUGGUCUGUACUCGGUCGGGUAUGACCUAUACCCGGUCGGGUACCCUUCUGAAAAAUCAAAUCGGAUCAACCCGGGAACCAAGCAACAUGCGGGAAAGAUUUUGGCCAUGUUCGAUUGUCAUACCCGAUCGGGUAACCGACAGACCCGAUCGGGUAUGACCCUAUUUUCAGCUUCUGGGAAGCUUCUGAGUGUACCCGAUCGGGAGCCUUCUAUACCCGAUCGGGUACACAACCCUGCAUGCUUUAUUUCCCUAUAAAUAGACCCCUUUCCUUCCCACAAAAAACAACCAAUUGACAUAUACUCUUUAGCUCAGUUUAGAUUAGUGUUUUCUUUAUAUGUUCUAUCAUGUUUAAUCUCCAAAUGAGGAGCUAAACUCUUCCAUCUUGGUUUUGCUACUUUGAAGCUUAAUGAAUUUGUAAGUUGUGAGUUAUUCUCUUUAAUCUUCUUC